AUGUUUUAUCAUGUUUCUCCAUCUUUAAAUUCACCCGUCAUUCAAUGAGUUGUAGGUUAUUAAAGCUAAACCUUUUUAAAAAAUCCAAAUAACGGUCACGUAGUUCAAUGGUAGUUAUGAUGGUAAAAUAUAUUUCCAUUUUUUGAGUAUUUAAAAAUUAAUAGCCACAGUUCCUCCUAUUUGUUUCUAGUCGGACUAAUAGAUGUGUAACACGCCGCCAUGUUUACAAAACAUCCGCUGUAGUUUGGAGGAUUAUGAAAGCCUGAUUAGAGAUUGAACACUUUUGGACCGAGUUGGUGGACGAUGGCCCGGUUUGGAUGGCUUAUUUAGGACCUCGGCUCGGAGCUUCACGCAUCUUUAGUCACGGUGCGACCGUCUUCAGACUCCUCGGUACUUUCGGUAUGGACGGGAUGGGUCUGGCCACGAGUCGUUCUCCUCUGGAGAGGCUCGAAUUUGACAACGCAGUCCUGAGAAAACUCCCCCUGGACCCGUCCGAGGAGUCGGGGGUUCGGCUGGUGAAAGGAGCGUGUUUCUCUCGGGUGACCCCCCAGCCGCUGAACAACCCUCGCUUCGUGGCGGUGUCGCGGGAAGCCCUGGCGCUGCUGGGACUGGACGCAGACCAGGUCGUGAACGACCCUCUGGGUCCGCAGUACCUCAGCGGGUCCAAAGUUAUGCCUGGAUCCGAACCCGCGGCUCACUGUUACUGCGGCCACCAGUUCGGCCAGUUCGCCGGGCAGCUCGGCGACGGGGCAGCCUGCUACCUGGGGGAGGUGAAGGCUCCACUCGGCCAAAGCUCCGAGCUGCUCCGGGAAAACCCGAGUGGACGCUGGGAGUUACAGGUGAAAGGGGCUGGACUCACCCCCUACUCCAGACAAGCUGAUGGCCGUAAGGUCCUGCGGUCCAGUAUAAGAGAGUUCCUGUGUAGCGAGGCCAUGUUCUUCCUCGGUGUGCCCACCACCAGAGCAGGCUCUGUGGUCACCUCUGACAGUAGAGUUCUACGGGAUGUGCAUUACAGCGGGCAUCCCCGUCACGAGAGAUGCUCAGUUGUCCUCCGAAUUGCUCCCACCUUCCUCAGGUUUGGAUCCUUUGAGAUCUUCAAACGCGCUGAUGAGUUCACAGGCCGACAGGGUCCCAGUUAUGGUCACGAUGAGAUCCGAGGUCAGAUGUUGGAUUAUGUCAUUGAGAUGUUUUACCCUGAAAUCCAGCAGAACCACCCGGACCGGGUGGAGAGGAAUGUGGCUUUCUUCAGAGAGGUGAUGCAUCGGACAGCCCGACUUGUGGCUCAGUGGCAGUGUGUCGGAUUUUGUCAUGGAGUUCUGAACACGGACAACAUGAGCAUCUUGGGGCUGACUUUGGAUUAUGGCCCAUACGGCUUCAUGGACAGGUUUGAUCCCGACUUCAUUUGUAAUGCGUCUGACAGCUCCGGCCGGUACUCCUAUCAGGCCCAGCCGGCUAUCUGCAGAUGGAACCUGUUGAAGCUGGCUGAAGCUCUUGCCCCAGAACUCCCAGCGGAGCGGGCUGAAGCCGUUAUGGAUGAAUACCUGGAUCUGUUCAACCGCUUCUACCUGGAGAACAUGAGGAAGAAGCUGGGCUUGUUUAUAAAGGAGGAACCUGAGGAUGAGAUGCUGAUCACUGAGCUGCUGCAGACGAUGCACAACACCGGUGCGGACUUCACCAACACCUUCCGAAGCUUGAGUCUGAUCUGCUGUCCAACUGAAGCAGAAACGGAAGGAGAGGAAGAUCUGAGGAGAACUGCGGACCUCCUUCUUCAUCAGUGCGCCUCUUUAGAGGAGCUGAAGGCUGCCAACAAACCCACGAUGGAUCCACGUGAGCUUGCGAUGCUGCUCUCGUUGGCUCAGAGCAACCCGUCUCUGUUCCAGAUGAUCUCAGACCGAGUGACGAUAGCCAGGCAGUUGGACAAACUCGGCAAACUAAAGGACCUGACGGAGACGAGUCAGGAGGAGCUGAGAGCCAAACAGGCUGAGGAGUGGACCUCCUGGAUCACACGCUAUAGGAAGCGUCUGGCCCGCGAGCUGGAGGGUCAGAGUGACGAGCAGGCUGUGAAGGAGGAGAGGGUGAGGGUGAUGAACAGCGCCAACCCUCGCGUGGUGCUCAGGAACUACAUCGCCCAAAAUGCAAUAGAGGCUGCUGAGAACGGUGACUUUUCUGAGGUCCAACGAGUCCUCAGGGUUCUGGAGAAACCGUUCUCCUCUCAGCCUGGACUGGAGCUUCCUGCACGGGUGAGCGGACAUGGAACCACUGCACAGAUGGAAAGGGACGAAGGCGAGGAGCAGCAGCAACAAGCAUCUUCAUCAGCAGCCCGAAACCCGGUGCCUUACGACAGCAAGCCCCCAGCCUGGGCACAGGAACUCUGUGUCACAUGAUCCUCGUAAUCACUUCCUUGAUUGUUUCCCGCCUAAAGCGACAGGAUUGUUGGACAGGGUUGGAUCUGUUUUACUAUUAAUGCCCUCUGUCCAACUUUAAUGUUUAUCUUUGGCAAGGCAGCAUCAAGGGAGUGUGGAGAAGACUGACGCUUCAUAAGCUAGCAGGAUGACACAAACCCGACAGGAGAGAGGGCUCGAGUUCCUUCUGCUGCUUCCAGGUUUUAACUUCACACAAAAAGCUGCAGAGGACUUUUACGUUAAAAAGGUUCAGUCUAACGCAGCAGAGCAGCUGAAUUAUUUGGGUGAACUUUAAAUUUGUGUAGCAGGCAGAGUAAUCUGAUGAAAUUAACGUGAAUCUUUUAAAAGACGCAAAGCUCAGUUCCUCCUCGUGUCUGUUUGGUGUUACUUUUGCUAUUUAUGAUGAGUCAGGCAACAAGUCGUUUUGAGCUGCCUGACUCUGACGAGCUAUGGGUUGUCAGUGUGUGUGUGUGUGUAUGUGUGUGUGCGUGUGCGUGCGUGUGUGCGCUAGUGAAAUAAUACUGAUUUCACUUCUGUGGGUGACGGUAAAUGAGUGCAGUUACAGAAAUACGCACAAUAAAUGUUUCGAUAAAAGAUUUGUUUAUUUUUGCAACUUUUAAAUCUUUAUUUUAUCUAAAAUCAGAAUUAUCUUGUUCCUUAUAACAUUAUUCACAACUGACAUUCUCACAAUAUUUACAAUAACAAACAUGACUUUGCAGUAUUGUGCAGCCCUAAUUGUGCAUGAUGGAGCAGCAUGGACACGAUCGGGUCACAUGGUCUGUUGGAGAUGUGAAAAUUGUCCUUCUGUGAUCAGCUGAUCUAAAACUCAGAAAUCUGAUGGGUUUUGUUCUGUGGUCUGUGAACUAAUAAUCCUCUUCCAUGUACAUUUUUUAUUCCAGAUUUAUUAAUUUUAUCACAAAUUGGAGAGACACCCCUCUCUUAACCCCUUGAUGCAUAAUGGUCACUACAGUGGACUCAAAAUUAUUAUAUAUAUAUAUUUGCUAUUAAGCACAGCUUUUGAAGACUUUAUUGCAUGUGAGCCCCUCCAUUUGGACUUCAGUAAGUCAAGCCACCAUAUUUCAUGUUCAGAAUGCACGCUGUCCACUGAUAUGGACAUGUAAUAAAUUAUUUAUAAAUUAAAUGUAACAAAAAUAUGUAAAUAUGAAAUUUGUUUCAUUUAUACCUAAAGAUGAAUGAAAAAAUUUGUUAAAAAAUCAUGGUUGAAGAUUUCAUAAUUCAUGCAUCAAAAGGUUAAUUAUAGUUCUUUGAAACCUGAUCAGCGAAACAUCGGUUUUGGUAAAUUAGAACUAAAGGAAUUGUCCCUCAAAACCAAAAUAUUUUCUGUUUUGUUCUAAGCUCAAAAAUAUCUGAAGCUGUUGAAAUGACGAAUGUUGCAUAAGAUGAAUUAUAUAUUCUGAUGUUCUUGUUUUUGAUGAGUACAUAGGAAUUGUGGAACCAAAUGUAUAUUUAUUAUUGCAUCUAAUCAUUAUUUUUUCUUUAGGAUGAAUUACUUUGUCUCUUAUUUCAAAAUAAAUAUACCAUUUAUGGGU